AGUUCCAUGCAGAUCUGGUAUCUGCUCAACACCUAUGCAAGUCACAUCUUCCCAGUUGAUUUUCAGUGAGAUCUUUCCUCUUCCAUUAGUGAAGGCCAUGCUCUAUCCUGGUGCAGUUGCUAAUGGCUUAAUGACAAGCAGGACAGUUCCAAGCUGGGAUAAUCUGCUAAACGUCUACAACCUGAUUAAUGUGAAGGAGGCCUCAGCUGUAACUGACCUCCAACGCUUGGAGGUUCUUGCUGGAAGCUAUUUUUCUGUGGCUGGAGCUCUUAUUGGCAUUUUAAAACCUGGAAGGAUGAGCAUGUUUGGCACACUACUUAUUGUUUGGGGCCUUAUCAAGGAAGGGAUACUUACCAAGCCCACAAAAGUGGAUCCUGAGAGGGCUGUGUAUGUCUACCCCACAAUGUUGCUAGCAUUGGUAUGUUCUUUCCUGUCUGUUAAGUAUGAUAUGAAAAAGGUGACAAGAGGUGCCCCAUCUAGACCUGUUGCAAAACCUCUCCAAAGUUCUUCAAAGGCAAAGCUGAAAUGAGCAUGACGUUCAUGCUUUUGACGGGAUCCUAGCACCACACAUAUCCCCUCUCAUUGCUAGUGUAGUUCUUACUGCUUAAGCAGUGCAGAGGUUUAGUCCUCUCAUUCCUUAUUAUACUGAGAAAUGUAUUCUUACAGACUUGUUCAAAUUGAUGAGGCAGUGUCUGGACUCGUAUAUGGAGCCACUGUUAUAGAAAGUACAACUGUAAAUUUUGAAGUUGCUAUUUUGUUCAGGUAUUCAAAUCUCUGAUUUCACCG